AGGUGUUGAUAAAAUUUGAUCUGAUUAUAAUGAGUAAGCACUACGACAAUUGGGAGAGGCUGGUGGUGGCCGUGCUACGGCGACAGCAAGACCGUGAGAUAGCCCUGUGCCCUUCAACGGAUUCCAGCGCCUUCAGCUCUCGAUCUUCCAGUUUUAGUCGUGAAUUUUAUGAUCACCUACACGAUGCGAUCAUUAAGAACCAAAAUAUUCCAUUUUCCCUGUCAACUUAUACGAGUUACCUGGAAGAUGAAAGGAAUGGGAAGAAAAGUUAUAUGGUGGGAGCAAAAGAUCUGAUCAUUACUUUUGGAAACAACUCAGUCAAGUGGCAAUGGAGAUUUGAUGAUAAUUAUUCUAGGGAGGUGGCGGAAAUGUGUUCACCGGGGAGGUUUGAUGUCCGAGCAAAGAUCGCAGCAGGAACGCUGAAUCCGCGGACAGUCUACGGAGCGUAUUUGGUGUACAAAUUGAGGGAGACGGCGGAGGGGGUGGAGACGGCCAAGGGGAGUAUGAGGUUCGUGGAUGAUGAGGGUGUGGGAGCACGAGCACGAGCACGAGUGGUGCAGCUGCAUCCUGGCGAGGGUGAGGGAUGGAUGGAGGUGGAUGUGGGAAGCUUCUACGUGGGAGAGAGAGAUGAAGGAGAAGUGGAAACGCGGUUGGUGGGAACACUACGGAGAUGGAAAUGUGGGCUUAUUGUUCAAGGCUUUGCUUUCCGCCCUUCUUCUACCUUUACAGACGCGCCUCUUCUCUCCAAUAAAUUUAAGUCUACAUCUGUGUGGGGGUAAUUUUUUAUUUUUAUGCUUCAACUUUUUUACUUAACUUUUAGGCUUUAUUUAUUAGGGUACAUGCAGUGCAUGUGUGUAUGCAGUGUGUUUAAUGGUGUCCAAUUUUAUAAUUAUUUAAAAUUU